AUGUCCCACCUACAGCAGAAUAGCGGUCACAGACGUUUUCCCUAUGCCAUGUAUAACCACACGUUGGGCAUACACCAAGUUGUGCAUCCCCACCAAUUAAGCAGACAGACGUUGUUUGAUAUGCCCAUCUCUUCAGCUUCGAAUCCUUCCACCCAGUCUUCUGGUAGUACCUCUAACAGUGUGGAGAUGUUUGUCCCGAUGAACAUUCCGCAGUAUAACAGAGACGGCUCUUCGAUUGUUAUGUUCCAGGCGAAUGCAGAAAGGAAUAGUCUGAGCAUUUCUUUGGAGGAGUGUCUUCAGCCUGGCGGUGGACUACAUUUGAAAGACGCCCAAGAAAUUAUGUUCCCGACAGUCGACCGUACUCAGGUCCAGACUUUCAAGCUCGUUAUAGCUUGGCCCGGAUACGACACAGUGGAGUACCCUAUCAAUAUCGGGACCAAUGAAGCGCCCAUCACAAGGGCUGAUCUCGCGCGUCAAAUUGCAUAUCACUUUUUCGGGUUUUUCAGCCAAUGCGAUAACGGUCGUUUCACUCAGAGGUCACUUUUCGAGUGGAAAGUGGGAGGCCAAGACGGGUAUUCGUUCCAUCAGAUCUACCUUUCGACAUUCUGGAAUAUCGAAGGCACCUCUUGGAGUGCCUCCAUCAGAGUCCUGAAAAAUGCCUGA